GAAUAGGCGGGGCUUCCGGUUCCGGUGGGGGCCGUCCCUGGCGGCGGAGAUGGCGGCGACAGCGGCGGAGGCCGUGGCGUCUGGCUCUGGAGAGCCCCGGGAGGAGGCCGGAGCCCUCGGCCCCGCCUGGGAUGAAUCCCAGUUGCGCAGUUAUAGCUUCCCGACUAGGCCCAUACCACGUCUGAGUCAGAGCGACCCCCGGGCCGAGGAGCUUAUUGAGAAUGAGGAGCCUGUGGUGCUGACCGACACCAAUCUUGUGUAUCCUGCCUUGAAAUGGGAUCUUGAAUACCUGCAAGAGAAUAUUGGCAAUGGAGACUUCUCUGUGUACAGUGCCAGCACCCACAAGUUCUUGUACUAUGAUGAGAAGAAGAUGGCUAAUUUCCAGAACUUUAAGCCGAGGUCCAACAGGGAAGAAAUGAAAUUUCAUGAGUUUGUUGAGAAACUGCAGGAUAUACAGCAGCGAGGAGGGGAAGAGAGGUUGUAUCUGCAGCAAACACUCAAUGACACUGUGGGCAGGAAGAUUGUCAUGGACUUCCUGGGUUUUAACUGGAACUGGAUUAAUAAGCAACAGGGAAAGCGUGGCUGGGGGCAGCUGACCUCUAACCUGCUGCUCAUCGGCAUGGAAGGAAAUGUGACUCCUGCUCACUAUGAUGAGCAGCAGAACUUUUUUGCUCAGAUAAAAGGCCACAAGCGAUGCAUCUUAUUCCCUCCGGAUCAGUUUGAGUGCCUCUACCCAUACCCUGUUCAUCAUCCGUGUGACAGACAGAGCCAGGUGGACUUUGACAAUCCUGACUACGAGAGGUUCCCUAAUUUCCAAAAUGUCGUUGGUUACGAAACAGUGGUUGGCCCUGGUGAUGUUCUUUACAUCCCAAUGUACUGGUGGCAUCAUAUAGAGUCAUUACUAAAUGGGGGAAUUACCAUCACUGUGAACUUCUGGUAUAAGGGGGCUCCUACCCCUAAGAGAAUUGAAUAUCCUCUCAAAGCUCAUCAGAAAGUGGCCAUAAUGAGAAACAUUGAGAAGAUGCUUGGAGAGGCCUUGGGAAACCCACAAGAGGUGGGGCCCUUGUUGAACACAAUGAUCAAGGGCCGAUACAACUAGCCUGCCAGGAGUCAAGGCCUCCUGCCAGGUGACUGCUAUCCCGUCCACACCGCUUCAUUGAUGAGGACAGGAGACUCCAAGCGCUAGUAUUGCACGCUGCACUUAAUGGACUGGACUCUUGCCAUGGCCUAGGAGGCAGGUGUUUGGGGCGAGGCAGGGCAGUUGGCACUCCACCCCUAUUUGGAGGGACUUCAUACCCUUGCCUCUUGUGCCCCAGCACCUUCUCUCUCUGCCCCCCGCCUAAAGUCCUGCAUUCAGUGUGUGGAGUCGCAGCUUUUGGUUGUCAUCAUGUCUGUGUAUAUGUUAGUCUGUCAACCUCGGAAUGUGUGUGCGUGUGUGUGCAUGCACACGCAUGUAUGUAUCUGUUCCCUGUUCCUUCUGGGUCAGGAUGUCACUUCUGGCUCUCAGCCCUAUCUCCUGCAACCUCAGUGCCUCAGCCUGAGAGAGAGAGGAGAUUCUCUUGGACCCCCACUGCAUCUGGGCUGCAGGGCCAGAGCUAGUCUGACCAUUAGGGCAGUCUGCCUCCUGACAGUUUUUGCAUAAUCAAGCUCUAGGCAGUAUGGGAAUGGCUACUGGGACUCUAAUGGGGUGAAUGAGAGGGGAGGCUUGCCUUUGAGAGCCUGGAUAGCCUGUGAGAGAGAGGAUGUAGAUAGGGUUCCAACUGGGACCUAGAAGCUCAAGCCAUACAUAAAAGGACCUUGGGACAUAAGAGCCAAUGAUUUUGCAUAAGUUACAAAUUACAGACACAUACAAUUUCUCUCUUUCAGCACCAGCUCUUGCCCCUAUGGUGGGUACCAAGGGAGUUCUCCUAGCUGUGGCUUCUCUGGGUUCUAGGGGGUACAGGCCUGUGUGUGUGUGUGUGUGUCUAGGUUCUAGGGAGUGCAGGCCUAUGUGUGUGUGUGUCUAGGUUCUAGGGGGUGCAAACCUGUGUGUGUGUGUGUGUGUGUGUGUGUGUGUGUGUGUGUUCAUAUGUGUAUGUAUCCACACUGGCCUGCCUAGGGGUACAAGCGUAUGUGUGUGUGUGUGUGUGUGUGUGUGUGUGUGUCCACACUGGCCAGCCUCCCUACUGACCAAGGUUCUCCCACUGUUUACCUUUUCCAGUGGGAUAGUACAGUGUGAGCCCCCAGGAAGUACUGCCUGACUUAUCCCAAGCUUUUACACUUGGAUUUUAGCCAUCAUAUGUUGGCCAGGUCUCACUGCAGCCUGUCCGAGGCUGACUGGCUAGAGCCUCCAGGCCCUACAAUGCUCCCUGCCCAGGCCAUAUCCUUUACUCCUGCUGAGCUUCCUGGCCGAACAGUGAAAUGGGGUCAAGCCCAGGCAGCUCACUCACUACCUGUGAUCCACCUCAGGGCACGGGCAAACACAUACCUUGCCUCUUAAAGCCAGCGCCUCUGCCAGACCCCAUUUAAUGUGCCACAACACCCUCAAUAGUCAGGGCAUCUGGCAGAGCAUGGAAGUCGAAUUUCCUUUUCUGUUAGGAGCUUCUCAUGGGUACCCUCUCAGGGCCGCAGCUUACAGGUGGGCAGCUGUGAUUGUACAACUUGAAGGGCCACCAUUCACAUCUGUUCAGUAGGAGUGGGGCCCCUGGGAUUGGGCAUUAUGGUGGCCCUGUGUCUCCUCACCUCUCUUCCCAUCUUCAUCCCCUUCUCUCUGGAAGGGAAGAAGAGUUGGAAGUUCUCCGGUUUUAUUUUCUUUUGCCAAAGGUUUACUUCCAGCAUCUGAGCUCUGGCUCUCACCCCGAAGCUCAGUUUAUAGUGCACUGAUGGACUGAGAGGAUGUGUUUGUAUGCGUUUGCAUGCCUGAGUUUGUUUUUUGAGGGGUGUUUAUUUUUGGUACCUCAUUCUGGGGUUCUCUGAUGCAGUGUGGAUGUGAAGACAUGGUACCUUCUGAAGUGUAGCUCUUUCAAAUAUAGUCAAUGCUGGGAAAUGUGAUUGCAGUGAUCUCUAUCCCUCUACUUCUUUUGGGAAAGAGGGGUGCAGCAAAGAAAACAAGGCAGACGGAGGAUAAAUUUGGCCACAGUCACACUUGGAAACAUGGUAGAUUAUCUUCGUUCUCCUCAGGAGGUCUGCUGUAUUCCUGGCUCAGCCCUCAAGGUUGUGGGUGAUGUGUCAAGGAGGUGUGCACUCAGCUGGCCCUCGCUGGGUUCUGUGCUGACACAGGUUUCCCCUAAGGUGGCUGAAGGGGAGGGAAGGAAAAGGCUAAUCUUGGAACCUUCACAGGAUUGGUCUUGAUCCUUGGGUAAUACAAGAGUGACCCUGAUUUUCAGACACCUAAUCUGUGCCUAGUGCUUUUAUCUUUGUUCCUCACUAUCCUGCAAGGUAGGUAUUCUCACAGAGGAAGAAAUGGGCUCAGAGAGAUUAGGUGAUGAGUUACAAUCAGUUGUAACUUAGCACUGCUUCCUGCUCCUUCCUUUCCACCAAAUUAUGUUGAUUUUCCUUCCUUACCUCCCUCCUUGCACCACAGGUUCUGUCCUCAGAUACCACCGCAAUGGGCAGUAUCUGAAGGCAGACCCAGCCCAAGAUGGUGCAGAAUAUACAGCUCAGGGCAAAAGCUCUCCUAGGCUCCCACUAACAACAAUUUGGAAGAACUGCCUGAGAAGCCAUAUUAUGAAUUAGUGCUAGAAGCAGCUAUGGGGGAACUGAGUUCUGUCUCUAAUUGCAUUACGUGUGUGUCCUUGAAUAGGACCCAUAACUCCUCCCAGCAUGCUUUUGCGUCUAUAGAACUGAAGCUGUAGUUCUAGAUGUCACUAUGAGUCUUGGUUCAUGUUCAGCUGCCGCUGCUUCUCCCAAGGAAAGGAUGAGGUUUUCCUCUUCAGUUACCUUGUUUAGGGAUGUUUAGGCUCAAAUUCUCCUUGCCACAGAGGAAACAUUUCUGCUGUAGUUGUUCAACCCCAUCCUAGCUGGCAGUGUGGGGUACACAAAUACAGCAAGGGAAGGUGGGGGUUUGGACCUGUAUAGAGGUCAGCCACGUUACAGCCUGCUGUAGUCACACCAGCAGGUACAGAGAAAACUUGUGUUUUGUAAAGUCAGGUAUUUGUUGGGGGGUUGGAGUUCUGGGGAUGGAGGAGGGGCUGUUCUGGGCAUCAGUUGAGCAGAUGCCCAAGAUGCCUGGGGGAGACCAGCUUCCCCUACAAAUCAGAGCUCUAAAUUACAAGGUUUUUACCAACGUGAA